UCUCAUUACUUAAAUAUGCAGAGAAAUAAACUUGCAAUUCUACACACACACAAAAAAAAAGAAGAUAACACUAAAGCUUUCUCUCCCUUUAUCAAUAGAGAAAAAAAUGAUGGAUUCAUUAGCUAAAUGCUUCAACGGACUUCAAGAAAGAUACGAGAGCGUUCUAGAAGCAAAAUCAAUCUUCAAAGACGACUUAACAUCGCCUCUAAAUGGAUCAGAGUGUUCAGUAGCACCCAUCAAAAAGUCUCGUUGCUUGCAAAGAGCCAAGAGGAUUGACAGAUCCUUAAGGUUCGAAGAUGAAGAUGACGAGAUGGCAAAACCUUUGAAGCCACGUAAAGUUGUGAGGUUUCAGUUGGAGAAGAAUAAGAUUUUUGAACCCAACAAGCCAGUGAGGUAUGAGUUCGAACCUGAGGAGAAGCCUCUGGAAGAGGAAGAAGGUUCGAAUAAGGUUGAAGGGAAGGAGGAAGUUGUGAGGGUAAAGAUCAAGAUGACCAAGCAGGAAGCUCAGAGACUAUUAGCGAAAUGCAAAGACGACAGCGUUUUGGAUUUGGAGCAUGUAGUGGACCAGAUUGCAUACUUUUCGAAUCAUCAGCUUCAACUCGAUGUGGUCGUGGUUGCUUCUAAGUUGUAAUGAUGAGAGAAAAAGGAAAUGGCUGCUAAUUUUUUUUAGUUUGUUUAAUUUCAGGCUUAUUCAUCGAAGUUUUGUAGUUGGUUUAGAGAUAAUAUAUAUCUAUCAAGUUAUCGUGUGUAUAUAUCUUGUCACAUAUAUAAGAAGGUUUUGGGUUUACUUACU